ACUCUCCUUCAUUUUUCUUCUCCUACUUCUAAAAAACCUUUCAUUUUAUUCUCUCUAAUCAUUUUCUUGUUCGUGUUCCUUAUUCUGAUUCCUCUUCUUAACAUUUGAUUCAAAAAGAAACCAUCUUUUCUAAUAUCUCCACUCUUCUUGUUUCCUGCACAAGUGGAACAACUCUCUGUUUUUUUUACCUUUUUGGUACUCUGUUUCUGGGGUUAAAACAGAGAAAAGAGAUAUGGGUUUUUCGAAGAAAUCUCAAUUAGACGGCAGUUUAGAUUCCGACGGGAAGAAAUGGGUUAUCGCCGGAAUCGGGAUUCGGGCUUCGUUGAAGCCGGUGAAGACAAAACUCAGAGCACCGGAGACUGAAGCCGAAGUUGAAGAAGAGGAAGAAUGUUCGACGACGCCAACUGCAAAGGAAGCAAAGAUACCAGAGAAAUUGAAAUGUCCACCAGCACCGAGAAAGAGACGGCCGGCGUUGAAGUGUCGGAGUAACGCCGUUAGAGAGUUCUUCACGCCUCCUGACGAUUUAGAGACGGUGUUUAUACGGCGCCGUUAAGUAACAGAAACAAAAAUAUUAGUGGGUUUGUAUAUUAGUCGUGUAACGUAUUAAUUACAAGCCAUGAAACUUCAGUUACAAUAUUAGUAAUUAGAUUUUAAUGAUUUCCUUAUAGUGUAUGCAUUUCAAAAUUCAGUUUGCUCUUUAUUAGUUUUUUUUUUUCUUUUAGAGUGUAUGAUUUCCUUAGAGAUUAGUUUCUGUAUUUUUUUUUGUCAUAAAGGGAAGUUUAUUGUACAAACAUGAUAAUGGAU